AAAACGGAAUGCGUAACCCUUUGGUGGUUAUGCUGCGUCUCUUAUUGAUUAUUGUGAUCCAUUGCUUCCUUUUCAUCUCACGUAGUUUUGGGUUCCUCUAAUAUGGAUUAGAUGAUUCGUAUUUUUCUGUAUCUAAUAUAGAUUAUAAUAUAGGACCAAUUUCAGUUAAACUAUCUUCUAAUAUAUACCAAUCAUAUUUCUAAAUAUGAGUAAAUCAGCUAAAACUUCAGAGCAUGAAGAAACGGAUGAGAAUGUUCUAUUCGAUGAUGGAUUUUCUGUAGUUGAUGAUACAGGUAUUGGAUCAGUGGAAGGGGACCAGGAGAAGACAAAUGAUGAAAAAAAGGAAGAAGUCGUCUCCAACAUAAAAAAGGAUAUUGCUAAAAAACCUGUGAAAGAUCACAAAGAUUCAGAGAGCAGUAUUAACAAAAUUGACAUCGAGGAUAACUCCGAAGUUAAGACGGAAUCAUCAAAAUCCUGUGGUGACAGCAGUACCCUCAUCUUAUCUAAUGAUGUAGAUUUGGGUACGGAAGUUCCAGUUACUGUCCACACCAAAGUUAAAGUUGAAAAAGUAUCAGAAGAACCAAAAGUAGGUGAAACCAAUCAAAAAGAAACUAAACUUGGAUCAUCUACUGAUGAAAAGAAUACAAAUGCAACAGUUAUUAAAAAACUGCAACGGAAGAAAGGAACUUCAUCAAGCUUUGUCUGGAUCGCUAAUAUUUCUAGCUCUGUUAAUGCUUCAAGUUUAAAAAAACAUUUUUCUGAUUGUGGACGAGUGAAUACAGCUAAAGUGGUUACAAACGGCAAAUUAUUUUUCGGCUAUGUUGAAUUUGACACUCCUAAGAUUGCCUUAGAAUGUGUUGAAAAAAUGAACAAUACAGUAUUGGCAGGAAAGAAGAUUUUAGUUAGCAGAAGUAGACCUGACGUCACUAAAAAAGGCCCAAAUGGACAAAAAAAACCUGUUAAAAACGACCAACAAUUGGUAAAGCAUAAUGAUGCCACACAGAAAAAAAAAGAAGAGGAAAUGAAUUCAGACAAGAAAGAGGAGAAAAAGGAAGUUGAAAAGCCUAGUGAUAAGAUAAAGAAGGAUGAUAAAAAGAAGACAGACGAGGAAAAAAAAAUUCCAGAUGAUAAAACCAAAUUGGAAGACAGUGAUAAGAAGAAGAAAUCAGAUGAGAAGCAGAGUGAUAAAAAAUCUAGAAGUGGCAAAGAAGAAUCAUCAGUUAAAAGUGAUGACCUAAAGCAGCGAAUGAAUGAAACCAAGAGAAAACUGGAUAUACUCCGGACCGAUUUGGAUAGAACCCAGAUUGAAGUUCGGAAUUUACGCAGACGUCUUAUGGGUGAGCAGAAAAAAUGUAAGGCUGAAGAGAUGCGCGCUGAAAGGUACCGGCAGCAGAUGAGAAAACUCGCAGAUGAACUCAAAGAAGCAAAGGAAGAGUUCAGGAAGGAAACACAUCGGUUGACCAAGAAGCACAAAUUGGAGUUGGAGAAGGCAGAGUUCGAUCGGGAGAGCUUCUUGAAACGAGAGGAUGAUCUUAGGAGACGCCAGGAGGAUCUCAGCAGGGAGUUCAAGAAAUUGGAGGAAGCAAAGAAGUCAUUUGAACAUUUGAAAAGGUCCAGGAAAUCCCGAAGCAUGUCACCGCCUUUGAAGAGGUUCCGAGGAAGGGAUGCUGCUUAUCCAGAUGUGUCACCACCACCACCACCUAAGUUAUCUGGAGACAUUCGUAAACCGUUGCUUGAUCGUCCACCAUCCAGUUAUUAUGAGGAAAAGAAAUCAAGGGGCAUAUACGAGCGGUUGGGAGACUAUGCUGACAAGGCUUUCUCAAAAGAAUCUAGUAAUGGUAGGUAUCGUAGUUCCUAUCCAGGGGAGGGCAUCAGUUCUUCAAAGAGCUCUUGGAGUCAGUUACCUUCAGAACCUUGGAAGAAGAAUUCAACCCAAAACACAAAUUUCCUGAAGCCAUACCUUGAUAGAUUUGGGGGUAAUAGUUACCAGGCACAGCCAUCAUCAUCAUCAUCGUCAUAUUACCCUCCGGGUACGGAAUAUCCCAAGCAUUUCGAUUCAUCUAGAAAGUACUAGUUUGAGCCCAAAGAUUUAUGUUGUUAUUUAUUACAGUAUUUCAGGUAAAGUCUUUUUUGUUGUCUGAGUUGCACAUGUUUUUCUUUACUCCCUUUGUGUUGCUCACUAUAUCUGAUUUUAUAUUCUUGGACAUUCUUAAUUUAAUCUUGAAUAAUUACUUUGCUGUAAUUCUUCAUUACAGUGUGUGAAAUCCAGAGGUAUUUAAAUGAUGUUAUGCUAUGUUAUGAUUUUGAAUAAAUUGUGAGAAACCA